UUACAAUAUGUAUGUAUAUUCUGUUUGCAAAUUCUCUCAAGUUGUUGUAAACAAGAGAACAUAGAGAAGACACUCUUAUUCUACAAGAAAAGAUUUGAAGUUUGGAGAUAUGGCAUCGGCUUUCAGAUCACCCACAAGGUUGAUUUUUGUAUUUGGUGUAAUGGUUUUGUGUUCGGUUUCUCCUGUUCAUAGUUGGAGUAAAGAAGGUCAUAUUCUUACAUGCCGAAUUGCUCAAAAACUUUUAGAAGCAGGACCGGCACAUGUCGUAGAGAAUCUACUACCGGAUUACGCAAAAGGAGACUUGUCCGCAUUAUGUGUGUGGCCAGACCAGAUCCGACAUUGGUACAAGUACCGUUGGACCAGCCCUCUCCAUUUCAUCGACACUCCCGACCACGCCUGCUCUUACGAAUACUCCAGGGAUUGUCAUGAUCAACAUGGGUUAAAGGAUAUGUGUGUGGAUGGAGCAAUCCAAAAUUUCACGUCUCAGCUUCAGCAUUACGGUGAAGGAACUUCUGAUCGUCGAUAUAACAUGACUGAAGCCCUUCUGUUCUUGUCGCAUUUCAUGGGAGAUAUUCAUCAGCCGAUGCAUGUCGGAUUCACAAGUGAUGAAGGAGGAAACACAAUAGAUUUACGUUGGUACAGACACAAAUCAAAUUUACAUCAUGUAUGGGACAGAGAGAUCAUUCUCACGGCUCUAAAAGAAUACUACGACAAGGACUUGGAUCUUCUCCAAGAAGAUCUUGAGAAGAACAUCACCAAUGGAUUAUGGCAUGACGAUCUAUCUUCGUGGACAGAAUGCAAUGAUCUCAUCGCUUGUCCACACAAGUAUGCUUCGGAGAGUAUACAGUUAGCUUGUAAAUAUGGUUACGAAGGCGUGAAGUCCGGUGAAACAUUAUCAGAGGAUUAUUUUGAUACAAGGAUGCCAAUAGUGAUGAAGAGAAUUGUUCAGGGAGGAGUUCGACUAGCCAUGAUACUAAACCGGGUUUUCAGUGAUACUCAUGCUGAUUUUGCUGCCACUUGAACCGAUCCAGACCAGACCGGAUCAUCAAAGCAUUUGAUUAGGAGAUUAUUUGGUCAUUUCGCAAAGUUAAAUAAGACUGAUCGAAUAUUCAUUUCUUUGUAGUUAUUUCCAUUUGACAGCUAAUGCCUGAGGGCUAGUUAUUUAUACAGAUGUGUUUAGGAUUAGGUCAUAUGCUAAUUCCAUUGUGUGUUUGUUUUAUAAACUAUGACAUGUUAAAAAUAAAUAAGAAAUCUAAAAGAGAAAAAUAUAGUACUACUAUUGAUCAAGUCUCUUGACACUACAUUGGAUUUGUACAAAACAAAAAGAUAAAACGAAAAGAAAAUCAACAACCUAGAGACUAAACAAGAUCACCACUCUUUAAUAUGAGAUUUCACUCUAAUAAACUACAUAAAAAUUCUGAAGAAAUCAACAAAAAUAUUUAAUAUGGGAAGCAGCAGUUUAGGAUCCAAGGAAGUUUUUCGUGGAGCCAAAGAUAGAAGCAAAAGAAUUAGCAAAGCCAAGCAAGAUCCCAACUUUGACUUGCCCUCUCUUUGGUAUCGGACGGCCACCUUGUUCUCUGGCAUCUCUCCUAGUUCCAUUUCCGCCGUUGAUCAUGCUGACUUUUCCUCUUCCUUCCAUUUUCUGCUUAUCGAAGUCAAUCAAAGGUCAAAAGUCUUCUGGAAAGUCUGAGAAGAAAAAAG